AUGGAUGAAAUUUCAACUUUUGUUGCAUUCAUUACAGUACCUAUAUGCUCAGUAUUUGUAGAUUCGUGCGUUGGAAUAGCGUAUCCGGGUCUAUUUUCUCAGUGUAUGUACUAUGCAGAAUUACUCAAAAUGGAAUUAGUAGAAGGAAAAGUGAACGAGGAGAAAUCCGCUGUCUUCCUGUCCCCGAAGUUUGUACUAGGACCAGGAUCUGUGAAUUUCAAAUACUACUUUAAUGUCGAUUUUCCAAGAGGUCAUAUUGCUAUUAAGGGUUUCAGCGUUGAAGUAGUUGACGAGUCUGGAAAUUCUGUUCCUCUGUAUGAAACUUAUCUUCACCACUGGGUAGCUGUAAGAUACUAUGCUCUCAAGGAUGCAGAAAUGCCCGAGAAAAAUGAUCCUGACCAGCUUCAUCUCAUUAUCGUGAAAAACAGCGGUGUGUGUAAUAAUAUCGUCCAGUACUUCGGACCUUCAGAAUCUCGCAAAAACACGUUACACUUGCCAGAUCCCUAUGGGAUAGAGGUUGGUAAUGCUGGGGAGAUCCCAGACGGGUACGAGGAGAGAUGGCUACUUAAUGUACACACAAUCGAUACGUGUGGUGUGGAGGAUCGGCUAGGAUGCACAGAAUGCAAGUGUGAUCUGUUUAAUGUUACAAAGGAUGAGUACGGCCAACCACUGCCACCAGGUUACGCUGGGGGCCUGCAGUGCUACUAUGACGAUACCACGUGCAAGUCAAGAGAAGGUUUCACAGGCAACAAGAGAAGGUUCUACCUGAGAUAUACUGUAAAGUGGGUGAACUGGGAAGAGAGCAUUUGUCCUGUUAGGAUUUACAUUUUUGAUAUCACCUACACGGCGAUCAAAGGGAACCAUUCAGAAGCAGUAUGUCAAGUAGAAUAUGAUAUUGAGGCGUGUGAUAGUACUGGUGUAGAUAGAGAUGUUAUCUGCGUAGAAAAUAAGAAGACAAGCGUGGUUCUUCCCACUGGUGGUUAUCUUAUCUAUGGUGUUGCGCAUCAGCACUUUGGUGGAAUUGGUUCAGCUCUUUAUGGAGAGGACGGUCGACUCAUAUGCACUUCAAUGCCAGUAUAUGGAGAUGGAGUAGAAGCCGGCAAUAAAGAUGGGUACCUAGUAGGGAUGUCAACUUGUUAUCCUCAACCUGGAUCUGUGAAGAUACUUGAUGGAGAAACUUUAGUUUUUGAGUCGAAUUAUAGUAGCAGCAGUAAACAUACUGGAGUGAUGGGUUACUUCUACAUAUUGGUUUCUGAUCAAUUACCAAAGUCACUACCAAUGUCGAUUGUUGCAUGA